CCGGCCUGUGGCCUGCGUUUUCCCGACUUCCGCAACGCAAUGGACUCUGCUUCCGCUUCUUCGUCCUCGUCGGAGGCGGAGGAGGAGGAGCCCGGGCGCGCUCCGCCACCGCGCAUGACCACGGUCUCGCGCCACUACUUCGGCGGCUCCUCCUCCGAGAGCGACCACGACCUCCGCGUCGACAUCAUCGAGAAUAUAGAAGAGGAUUACGGGAUGUUCGUCUGGCCAUGCAGCGUCAUCCUCGCGGAAUACGUGUGGCAGCAGAGGCCGCGCUUCUCCUGCUCCAGAGUUGUCGAGCUUGGUGCAGGAACCUCGCUGCCAGGUAUAGUAGCUGCAAAAGUUGGAGCAGGUGUUACGCUGACAGACAUUGCACAUAAUACAGAAGUGCUGGACAACAUCAAGCAAGUAUGCGGCCUCAAUAAUGUGAACUGUACGGUAUUAGGACUUACUUGGGGAGAUUGGGAUGAACCUGUUUUUGAUUUGCACCCUGAUAUUAUUCUCGGAGCCGAUGUGCUUUAUGAUUCAGCAAAAUUUGAUGAUCUCUUCGCAAUGGUUACCUUCCUGCUGGAAAAUUCUCCUGGGGCAGUGUUCAUCACCACAUACCACAAUCGCAGUGGUCAUCACUUGAUUGAAUUUUUGAUGGUGAAGUGGGGUUUGAAAUGUUUGAAGCUUCUGGAUGGCUUCUCUUUCCUUCCCUCUUGCAAGGCUGAUUCACUACGGGGAAAUAUUCAGCUCGUGGAGAUUGCACUUGAGAAGGAAAAACCUAAAUGAUCUUCAGGCAACCAACUGGAGUACAUUAGCUUCAUGUUAGUUAUUAGAUAGGAAAUGCUGCAUCUGGUGUUCCAGCCUUUGCAGGAGUUGGCUGAGAGCACAACCAACAAGGACAUGAUAAUGCAAUGUUUGGGCCUUCACUACAUAUGACUGUACAUUAGGUAACUCCAGAGUCUCAUGAAAUCAUCCACAAGAACUUUACGCUUGAAAGGAUUUGUUUAUGGGAGUACCUAGAACUCAUCUAGAUGAGAUAUAAUUUGGUCUCAUUCACUUUGAAAACAAGAACAUAUACAAUCCACGUCAGCACACACACAUCUUAUAGCAUCACAUCCAAUGGCUAUAAAAGGUGAAUGAGACCAAAUUAUAUCUCAUCUAGAUGAGUUCUAGCAAAGCUGUUUGUUUAUUUGAAGGGAAGCAGUCUCUCUUUUUUUGGGUUUCGUCAUUAAUUGAACCAAGCAAUAGCUUUGGCAAGCAGAAACACAAGCUUUGUUCAAGUCCAA